AUGUCCAGCACCUUGGACGACGACAGCCGUGACCGUGCUUCGCGCAGCCGCGAUGAGAAGGCGGAGAAAGGCGGGCGGAGUCCCCGCGCCGCACAAAUUGAGGUGAACAGCGGGGCUUCGGUGAAUCAUAUUGAUCCCAACUUGGUGCGUUGUGGCAACUGGUGUCUCUUUUUUUUGGAGAUGUGGAUCAGCACAGGAUGCAUCCUACUAUGUGCUUUCAGAAAAGAUUGGUGUCUUUGUUUCCUACUGGCACUGCCACAUACCUUGCUGGUUGGAAUUGAGGUGCAGUUGAUCGGCCGCGACUGGGCCUUUCGGCGGAACCUCCAUGCGUUGCAGGGAUCCUCACGAGGGAAAGCGAUGUUCUUCAAGAGCAUCGUCUUCCUGAUAUUCGGUUGUUUGAGCUGCCUGCCGGUGAUGCGUGCCAGGCAGUGUUGGAAGCAGCGCGGCAUGCGGGCCUCGUUGGUCGACGAGAUCGAAACUCCCGCGGGGGAAGGGUUACAUGAGAGUGCUCGCUUCGACAGUCAUGUGAUGUUUGUCACCAACGUGCCUCGCAUCAUUGUGCUGCUCUAUGCAUCCACAAGUUUGGUGUAUACAGAGCUGGAACUCUCCGUGCUGCUGUCCAUGGCCUUCCUGUCAUUGCUGAACGUGUUGCAGGCAGCCGUAAACUUCGAUUACUACGCUUCCAAGUGGAUCCGUGCACAGUAUGAGACCUUGACAUCUGAAGGUUUCCCCUUCCAAUUUCAAGUGCUGCACUACGCCUAUCGUCUUUGUGAAAUCGCUCUGCGCAUCUUGACGUUGCUCCUGGUGACCGAAGCUCUCAGGUUUCACGUUUGGGUGGCUGUGCUCUACCUGUGUUUGGACUAUCUCCUGAGCACAGCAGCACUCUGCUUCGUCACGGCCAAACAGGCCCCUGGAUCGAGGUUGGUGUUGAUCCUUAGUGUGUCAAUCUAUGUCUUCGACUGCUGCCGCUUCAUUGACGAGCAGGGCCUCACUCGACAGGCCAGACAAGUCUCGAACCUCUUGCGCGCGCUGCGCAGCGGUCAGAGCGCCGUCGUGCUCCCUUUGCUGUGGUGGAUCCAUCCUGAGCGCUCCAGUUCUUGGUUCAGUAAAAUCUUUUGGCCAACCUGGGCAUUGCUCCUUGGGUUGUUGGCUCUGGUGUGGCUACUUGAGAAGUGCACGCGAUUGCAACAUCGGGCCGUGGACAUCUUCAUGGCCUGCAAGAAGGGCUUGCUGCAGGAAGUGGUUGACCUCUUAGAUUCAGGUUGCGACUGCAAUCUGCGGCUGGUGGACGAUGGCUCCACGCCCUUGCACGUAGCUGCAGGAUGUGGACAGAGCGAGUGUGUGGAAGUGCUCUUGAGACGGGGAGCGGAUCCCUUGCUGAGCGACGUUGAUGGCGAGACGCCCCUCCAUAAGGCCUGCCGGCAUGGCCAUGCAAGGUGUAUCCGCGUGUUGCUUCACCCGCCCGUGGAUGCGCCCUGCGUGCUGCGAGGAGACUUUUUGGAGUGUGCGGCGCAGGUGAAUCAGCUGGGACAACGGCCCUUGCAACUGCUGGAAGCUGUGGAAAAGUCCUGCAAGCUGGUGGAUGAGCUAGCGGAAUUCCAGCAUCAACCAGACCUGAAGCGGAGCUUAUCUUCUCAGAUGUCGCAGUUAUCGCCCACCAGGAGUAUCUCGGGCGAGUUGCACGGUGCUGCUCAAAGCGUCUUCGGGGAAGUCUUGAAGAAUAGCAAAAGUCGCUUUCUGGUGGCCUCCAAACACGUGGGCACCAGCAGAAGCCUCACAGGCUUCUUAUUCACCACUGGCAUAGGCGAGCAGAUGGCUGAGGUGCUAGACAACGAGGCGCCAGCUGAGUCGCCGCAGCUAACGACGCUGCGCACCCAGGGCGUCCUUGGUGCCGGCGCCUUUGGCAAGGUUUUUAAGCGCAUGGCGCUGCGCGUGGCGGAAGCCUUCGCAACGUGCGAUUUGGCCUUUGGAACGCUGGAAAGCUGCCUGAGUGGCCUGCUCCGCCGUUACCUCGCCUGGUGCGGCGAUGCCCGCUUUGCAGGGCCGUCGGAGUACGAUGUUGCGUAUGACACGGGUGUCGUUUUCCAAGAGGUCUUGCGGAAGGUCUCCAGCCGCGUGGACACGGAGGACAGUGACGAGAUGCUGCUGAAGGCUGCCCACCGCGCAGCCGACGAAAGCUUUGAGCGGCGCCAGUCCGCCGGGGUGAACCCGGCACAUCGCAGCGUGGUGUUGGCGAUGCAACCGGGGAUUGCUUUGGCGUCGCUGGCGGCUGCCGCCGUGGCCGAGGCGCGGCUGACGCACCGCCACUGCGAGGCCCUGGCCACGGCGGCGGCGGCGGCGCUGCUGGCGCGGCAGCUGCUGAGUGGCGAAGGCAUCUGCGCAGCGUGCCGGGGCUGCUUGCCCUACCUCCACGACUUCGACGCGCCCGAAACGCUGCGCGUCCUGCAUCGCUUCUCCGCCUGGAGCGAGGCCGACGAGGCCGACCCGCCGCAGCCGACGCACCGCGAGGGAUUUUCUCCGCUGGUCCUGGAGUCGGCGUUGUGCUUUUUGGUCUCAGCCAGAUCCUUUGAAGAUGCCUUGCACGGCAGUCUUGAGUUUGCUGGGCCCGAUAACUUCUGCCCCGUCUUGGUGGGUUCGUUGGGUGGUGCUCUCUUUGGCUGCGACAUGGACUUGGAGUCCCUGGCAGAUGUGCCGGGACCUGGUGCUGCUGGUGCUGCUGGUGCUGCUGGUGCUGGUGUCACCUGGCGGACGUUGAACCACGAGCACUUUCUGCCCGUAGAGCACAGGAAGCGGAUUGGCCGUGUGGCAAAGAUCUACGCAGUGUUGGACGUGUGCAGCUCAGAGGUGUACGCCUUGAAGCUUCAGAGAAGAGACAGCACCACGAAGUUCGCGAUCCGCGAAGCGGAAGCUCUGCAUCGGUCAAGUCACGCCUUCAUUGUCAGGCUGAUUCAUAUCUUUCAGACUCAGUCAUACUACGCUCUCCUGAUGGAACUAUGUGACAAGAGUCUGAAUGCCUGCAUCCUUGACUCCCUGGACGAGAACGGACAGAUCGGGGGCCUGGCGGAUUAUCCCACCAAGCGCUACGCAGCUUGUAUAACGCUGGCCUUGGAGUACUUGCACCAACAACGAGUGGUCUUCCGGGACUUGAAACCCGACAAUGUCUUGGUGACGUUCAAAGACAACGUGGCGAAACUGGCGGAUUUUGGCCUGGCACGGUCCCUAACGUUGGACUCCGCCGUCGAAGCGCGAGGAAGCGAAGAGAGCGGAAGCGACAAGCUGAGCCUGAGCCCCAAAGUCUCCUCCACCGUCUGUGGCACGCCGCGCUUCAUGGCACCUGAGGCCGAAACGCGGUUUUGGUGGUGA